AUGAAAGAGAGUAAAGGAGAGGAAUCUAAUUUCUCUUGUUGUGAUAUAAAUGCUGAGUCAGCUGGUGGUGUUGAUGGUUUCAAACCAUUCUGCUUUGACGGCGUUUUGGUUGCUGGUGAUGAACAUAGUAAGGGUGUUGUUGUAAAGUUAAUGCGGGACACCGGUUCAUCGCAGAGUUUAGUUGUUAGAGGGGCAGUACCUGGGUUAGAAGACUGUCUUACCAAUGAUAAAGUAAUAGUUAGGAGCAUAGGUGGUUUGACUUCUUUGCCUCGGGCUAGAGUGCAUUUGGAUUGUGGCAUAUUCAAGGGUGAUAUCAUUGUGGGUAUUGUCGAGUCUCUUCCGAUUCCUGGCGUAGAUGUUCUUGUUGGAAAUGAUGCUGCAGGUAAUCGUGUGGUACCGGACCCAGUGGUAUGUGAUACUCCUUUGGAAGUCAGCCCUGUUCAGCAGUUGGAGGAUGUGGAACGUGAUUUGUUUCUAUCUUGUGUAGUUGAACGCAGCAGAGGCCUGCGUGGUAUUGUUUUGACUGAAUCUGUUCCUAGUAUUGAUGACCAGUUCAAUUCUGUUGAAUGUGGUGCUAGGUCUGCAGUUGAGGAUGACAAGCCUUUGUUUAAGAAUGCAUUGACAGAGAAGGAGAGUAUGGCAGAAUCUACAUGUUACUACUUAAAAGCUGGAGUGCUAAUGAGGAAAUAUAGAGCAAGUACCGCAGUGGCAACUGCCUCUUGGGAAGUUAAACAUCAGUUGGUGGUUCCAGCAACUCUGAAAAAUGAUGUGAUGAGGGUGGCCCAUGAAGUCUCUACUACUCAUCUUGGGAUUAAGAAGACAGCAUACAGUAUAUUGCAAUAUUUUUAUUGGCCUAGCCUUUUGCGUGAUGUGAAGGUAUUCUGCAAUUGUUGCAUAACCUGUCAAAAAGUAGGUAAGCCAAACCAAGCACCUAAACCAGUGCCUUUGGUCCCUCAAGUAGUCUGUAAUGUUCCUUUUGAAAAAGUUAUUAUUGACUGCGUUGGACCUCUACCAAAAACAAAAAGACAGCAUCAAUACAUGUUGACUAUAAUGUGUUCUAGUAUUAGAUAUCCAGAUGCUAUUCCUUUACGGAAUAUAACAACUAAGAAUCUUAUUCCACACCUUGUCAAGUUUUUUACUCAAUAUGGCAUCCCUAAAGUGGUUCAAACCGACCGUGGUACCAAUUUUACAUCUAAGCUUUUUCAGGAUGUUAUGUUGGCUAUGAGGGUUCACCAUUCUAUAUCUACAGCUUAUCAUCCGCAAAGCCAGGGGGCGCUCGAGCAAUUUCACCAGACGCUUAAGGAGGCUCUGACAAAGUACAGCCAUGAACAUCAGAAGGAGUGGGAUGAGGGACUACCAUUUGUGUUGUUCGCCAUAAGAAAUACUCAGCAAGAAAGUUUGGGAUAUUCGCCUUCUGAAUUACUUUAUGGUAGGAGUGUUAGAGGACCCUUGAAGGUUUUAUAUGAUGUCUGGCUUGAAAACCAAGAAUCAGGUAAAGACUUGCACCAAUAUGCUGUUACUCUUAAAAAGCAAUUAGAUGAGGCUCGAGUAUUUGCACAUCAGAAUCUUUUAAAAGCACAAAAAAGUAUGAAGAAAAGGUUUGAUGUUAAAACUGUAACAAGAGAAUUUAAACCAGGGGAUCAAAUUUUAAUGCUUAAUCCCACUAAGAAGUCUUUGGAAUGUCGUUUUGAAGGACCCUAUACUGUAGUAGAGAGACGCUGCAAUAAUGUAUAUGAAAUUGAAACUACUGGUAAAAGGAAAGACAGACAUCUUGUUCAUGUGAAUAGACUAAAGCCUUUUGUGUCAAAGAGCACUAAAGUAAAGCCAACAGUGCUUGCAGUUGUAAACGUUAAAAAUGAUUUAGUUAUUGUUCCAGAGAAUGAUUUUAAAAUUGGUAAUGAUUCUCACCUCUCCAAUUCUGAAGUUUUAAUGGAUAUCUCUGCAAAGUUAUUGCAUUUAGGUUCUCAUCAGGCUAAGGAUGUGGAAAGUUUGCUGAAGUCUCAGAGAUCUAUGUGGAGAUGUACCAACCCAAACAAAUCUUUUGGAAUAUACGAUCAUUUUGAAAGAGGGAACAACGCCAUGCAAGCAAGCACCCUAUAG